GUGUCCCUCCUCUUUUUCCCCCGGCUCCUCAGUCAGUUUCACUCCGAUCCGAUUUUCACUUUAAAAUAAGCUUUAAGUCGGGACACCAUGGGCAUCAAAUUCUUGGAGGUGAUAAAGCCAUUCUGCGCAGUGCUGCCAGAGAUCCAAAAACCUGAGAGAAAGAUCCAGUUCAGAGAAAAGGUAUUAUGGACUGCAAUUACACUCUUCAUCUUUCUGGUGUGUUGCCAGAUUCCUCUUUUUGGCAUCAUGUCCUCAGACUCUGCAGAUCCAUUCUACUGGAUGAGAGUCAUUCUGGCCUCAAACAGAGGUACUCUGAUGGAGCUGGGGAUCUCACCUAUUGUCACUUCAGGCUUGAUCAUGCAGCUGCUUGCAGGAGCGAAGAUCAUUGAAGUAGGAGACACCCCAAAGGACAGAGCCCUUUUUAAUGGAGCUCAGAAAUUGUUUGGGAUGAUCAUCACCAUUGGCCAGGCUAUCGUGUAUGUGAUGACCGGCAUGUACGGAGACCCGUCAGAGAUGGGUGCAGGGAUCUGUCUGCUCAUCAUCAUCCAGCUGUUUGUGGCUGGAAUGAUCGUGCUGCUGCUGGAUGAGCUGCUUCAAAAGGGCUAUGGUCUCGGUUCUGGGAUCUCGCUGUUCAUUGCCACCAACAUUUGUGAGACCAUCGUCUGGAAGGCCUUCAGUCCCACAACUGUGAACACUGGAAGAGGCACCGAAUUUGAGGGAGCAGUUAUUGCGCUUUUCCACCUGCUCGCCACAAGAACUGACAAAGUGCGUGCUCUAAGAGAGGCCUUCUACAGACAGAACCUGCCCAACCUCAUGAACCUCAUUGCCACUAUUUUUGUUUUUGCUGUAGUGAUAUAUUUUCAGGGAUUCAGGGUGGACCUGCCCAUCAAAUCCGCUCGCUACCGUGGCCAGUACAACACCUAUCCUAUCAAGCUGUUCUACACCUCCAACAUUCCCAUCAUCCUUCAGUCUGCUUUGGUCUCCAACUUGUAUGUCAUCUCCCAGAUGCUUUCCACACGCUUCAGUGGCAAUUUCCUGGUUAAUCUGCUUGGAACGUGGUCUGAAGCAACAUCUGGUGGCCCAGCCCGUGCCUAUCCUGUUGCGGGUCUCUGCUACUACCUCUCUCCACCUGAGUCUUUUGGCUCUGUUCUAGAGGACCCGGUUCAUGCACUCAUCUACAUAUUCUUCAUGCUUGGCUCGUGUGCCUUUUUCUCCAAAACAUGGAUUGAAGUCUCUGGCUCUUCUGCAAAAGAUGUGGCGAAGCAGCUGAAGGAGCAGCAGAUGGUGAUGAGGGGACACAGAGAGACUUCAAUGGUUCAUGAACUGAACAGGUACAUUCCUACAGCUGCAGCCUUUGGCGGACUGUGUAUCGGUGGUUUAUCAGUGAUGGCAGACUUCCUCGGAGCUAUCGGUUCUGGUACCGGUAUUCUGCUGGCUGUCACUAUUAUCUAUCAGUACUUUGAAAUUUUUGUCAAAGAACAGAGUGAAGUGGGCAGCAUGGGGGCCAUGUUCUUUUAAAGAAGCCAUGGUGUUUUUUUCACCUUCUAUCAACUUUUAUCAAGCUCACAAACAGUUUUUUUUUUUUUUUUUUUUUUUA